GCCCCACGUGUUCUCCUUCUUAUAUAUAUGCUCCGCUUCUUCAUCUCUGCUCACCGAUUCCCUCUCCGACCAACCGCCGCCGUAUCUGCCGCCGCAGCAACUCACAGCAACCGCCGCACUCAGCAGAAACCGCUAGCAAAUGACCGUAGCUGGACUUGAGCUCCCUCCAGGCUUCAGAUUUCACCCCACCGAUGAGGAGCUAGUUCUUCACUACCUCUGCCGGAAGUGCUCUUCUCAGCCCAUCGCCGUUCCGAUCAUCAAGGAAAUCGAUCUCUACAAGUACAACCCCUGGCAGCUCCCUGAAUUGGCUGUUUGUGGUGAGAAAGAGUGGUAUUUCUUCUCUCCUAGGGAUCGGAAGUACCCUAACGGAUCCCGUCCGAACCGGGCUGCCGGAACCGGCUACUGGAAAGCCACCGGCGCCGACAAGCCGAUCGGCCGCCCUAAGGCUCUGGGAAUCAAGAAGGCGCUCGUGUUCUACGCCGGGAAGGCUCCUCGUGGUGUCAAGACCAAUUGGAUUAUGCACGAGUAUCGCCUCGCGAAUGUGGAUAGAUCCGCCGCCAAGAAGAACAACAAUUUGAGACUGGAUGAUUGGGUUUUGUGUCGAAUUUACAACAAGAAGGGAUGUAUAGAGAAGCAUUUCGAAGCCAACGACGAGAAGGAUGCAGAAUUCCCUGAUUUUGAGGAGGAGAAGCCCAAUAUUUUGAUGCCUAAUAACAAGAACAUGGUACAGUUCCCCAUCCACAACCAUUUGCAGAUGGACACGUCGGAUUCGGUCCCGAGAAUGCACACCGACUCGAGCGGGUCGGGAUCAGGGUCGGAGCUGGCCACCUCGACGGAGGUCACCUGGGAGAAGGAGGUCCAGAGCCAACCCAAAUGGGGAUUUGGAGAAGGAGUGCCAGAUUUGGACUUUUUUCAGUUCAAUUAUAUGGAUUCAUUCUCCAUGACAGAUGAUGACCCAUUUGGGAAUCAGGUUCAGUUCCAAAUGGAUCCACUCUCACCAUUGCCCGACAUGUUCGCUUAUUUGCAGACUCCAAUUUAGAGUGAGUUUGGGAUGACUUUUGAACAACAAAAUGCUUUUCAAGCACAGACCAAGUGCUAUGUCAAUAGAAAUUUCAAAGCAUCCUUUGAUUAUCUAAAUCGAAGGAUAAGGAUUUGAGGAAGUGUUUAUUGACCCGUCGAAAAGCAUUUUUCACUCUUCUAAAAGUCAUUCCGAACGAAGCUUUAGUCGAGCACCAUCAACAACAGCAUUGUAAAGGCGAAGGUAUAAGGGCAUUGGCCAUGGCGUAUCCAAGGCUUCCUCUACCAUAAUAGAAGAAGGCUGUAUUCAUAUUUUUACAUAUAAGGAUUAAGGGUAGCAAAUUCUUUGGAAAACAGACCAAUAUGCCAAAAACAUUGUUAUCUUUCCUUUUAUUUGUUUAUUUUCUUGGAAUGGAAGAAUGUAGUUAGAAGAAUUGACCUCUGUUUCUAAACUUGGUGGUCUUCUUCAUCCUACUCGGCCACGACACGACACUCCUUUUCCGGGAAAUUUAUACUCCCGGAGUACUUACUCUCUGUUCAUGAACUUUGGACUCUCCAAAUGAAACUGAUGAUCUUCGUUAUUUCAA